GAGCGGACGUGCGUGGAGCGAGCUCCGCGAGCAGAAGCAGGAGCAGGAGCCAGAUCCAGAGCGGGCCCGGGACCCAAGGAAGGCGGCAGGGCGGCGGCGGCUUGUCGGGAGCCCCGGGCAGCAGCGGCGGCGGCGGCAGUGGUAGACGACGACAACAUGGUCGGCUGGCCGUGGGACGCGCGCAAGGCGCUGGGGGUCGCGCUCCUGGUCGCCACGGUGCUCAGCGCCGCGCUGCUGGCCCGUGGGGAGCUCCCGGGCCCGGACACCCAGGAGCAGGAGCGCCAGCAACAGCUGCAGGAGCAGCAGCCCCGGGAUUUCAACAAAAGAAAGCUUCCAGAGUUGAAGAUGGAUCAAGCAUUAUUAAUUAUCCACAAUGAAUUUCUCCAUGGAGAUUUGAAUGUCUACUGGCUUUCUGACCAUUGUUAUCAAUGCUUGUAUCAGUUUCUGGUGUCCGUUCCAGUGAGUCCAAAACCUGGACACCCUAGCAUUGCAGCAGUUGCAGUGAGCACUCAGCACCCUGUCACCCUGCUUCUAAAUGAUACCUUGGAAAAGAAGGAGAUUUGCCGGAUACAUUAUAUUUUUGGAGAAUUUGGAAACUAUUCUCUUUGGGUAAAACCUCACUAUGGUGGUAUCAACCAGAUGUCCUGUGACAUGGUCAUCAAUGAAAAUCCAAUCAACAGCAACCUUCCCAUCUACAUUGCAUUCCUUGUUUACAUAGCAAUCAUCAUUUCCUCGUCUGUAGGAAAUUUCUUUGUGAAACUUGAUCCUGUUCGGAACUGGCUAUACAAAAAAAUGAAUCCCAGAGAAACUGAUCGUCUCAUUAAUUCUGAGCUGGGGUCUCCGACCAGAGCAGAGUCUUAUAGUAGUGACCUGCAGGUUGAAGCAUGGAGGCUGACCCCUCCAGUGCAUCGCCUUCGUUCUCUCGACACAUUCCGAGGGAUCUCUCUUAUCAUCAUGAUUUUUGUUAAUUAUGGAGGAGGAAAAUACUGGUUCUUCAAACAUGAGAGCUGGAACGGUUUGACUGUGGCUGACCUUGUGUUUCCAUGGUUUGUGUUUAUUAUGGGCUCUUCCAUUGCUCUCUCCCUGAGCUCCAUGCUACGACGAGGAUGUUCCAAGUGGAAGCUGUUGGGAAAAAUUCUGUGGAGGAGCUUCUUGCUCUGUGUGAUUGGAAUCCUAAUUAUGAAUCCUAAUUAUUGCCUUGGACCCUUGUCCUGGGAUAAGCUGCGCAUCCCUGGGGUGCUUCAGCGCUUGGGAUUGACCUACCUUGUGGUUGCUGUUUUAGAACUUCUCUUCGCCAGAGCCGUGCCUGAAAAUAGUACUAUGGAUAUCAUCUCUUACUGGCCCCAGUGGAUUUUCAUCCUGAUGCUGGAAGCCGUUUGGGUGUGUGUGACCUUCUUGUUACCGGUUCCUGGCUGCCCAACUGGUUACCUUGGCCCUGGUGGCAUUGGAGAUUUUGGAAAAUACCCAAAUUGUACUGGAGGAGCUGCCGGCUACAUCGAUCGCUUGCUUCUGGGAGAAGAUCACAUUUACCAGCAUCCCUCUCCCAACGUUCUGUACCACACCAAAGUGGCCUAUGACCCGGAAGGAAUCUUGGGAACCAUCAACUCCAUCGUGAUGGCAUUUUUAGGAGUGCAGGCUGGAAAAAUCCUCUUGUUUUACAAAGACCAACACAAGCAGAUCUUGCUUCGCUUCCUUCUCUGGAGUGCCAUGCUGGCUAUUAUUUCUGGUGUUUUGACCAAAUUUUCUCAAAAUGAAGGUUUCAUUCCAGUGAACAAAAAUCUCUGGUCUAUCUCCUAUGUGACAACCCUGAGUUUCUUUGCUUUCCUUCUGCUCUUGUUUAUGUAUUUCUUGGUGGAUGUUGCCAGACUGUGGUCCGGAGCGCCUUUCUUUUACCCAGGCAUGAACUCCAUCCUGGUCUACGUUGGGCAUGAGGUCUUUGAGAAUUACUUCCCUUUCCAGUGGAAGAUGGAGGACCACCAGUCUCAUAGGGAACACCUGACCCAGAACCUGGUGGCCACCUCCCUCUGGGUCAUCAUUGCUUAUGUGCUCUACCGAAAGAGGAUUUUCUGGAAAAUCUGAUGGUCGUGGCGACACGUUUCCCAGGAUCGAUUCUUGAGGGGCCCAGGGAGAUGGGUGAAACGAUUAGACUGCCGUCUGUAGUAGUGAGAAAAGUGGAUGGGCUUUGGGAUGUGUGGAUUAUGGGAAUAUGGAAUCCUCUUUUAUUGUGCAUAAAUUAGAUGCUGUAGUCCUGUAAACUGUUUUAAUUCCAUCAUAGCUCAUCAGAAACCCUGUCUUCUGUAUAUUUGUAAAUCAUGCGUUCGUAGUGGAACUGGCCAUUGUGGUUUUUUUCCUCCUAUUCUGUGUAAAUAGAUGUGUUUGACAGUUUUAAUUCUAUUCUGAGGAGGUCUUGUUGAGAAGGGAAUUUAUUGCAGGCAUUUUGCUUUUAAGUCUGAUAAAAACAGUCAAAAGGCCUGGUUGUUCUUCUUUACCUUGCCCAUUUUCCUAGAAGAUUGGCAUUUUAGAGCUUCUCUACCCCGCUUAUGAAAAGCAGCCUUAUUUCUCUUGUGAACUGUAAAGGUUACCGAAUGUGUUGAUGUGCUGAUGCUCUGUGCUUUAAUGAAUAAUUCCAGCUUUUCUGCUAAGUGUGAUUCCUGCUCAGUGAGUUCCCAGAAAGCCUGGCUAUAGAAGUGCCCUUUUCAGACCUGCCAGGGGCUUGCUGUGUGGUACGUAUUUAUUCCCUGAUGCUUCUUGAAAAAAAUGCCUCUUUCUGUCAAAAGACUUUUUCUGUCCUUCCUUUUUUUUUUAAAAAAGAUAUCACGUAUUGAACUUCUUUUCUCACCAGUAUUCUGUAGCUAUCUAGAGUUUAUGGUUUUUCUGAAAUUCUCAGUAAAGGUGUAUUUUAUUACGGAAAAAUUCCAAUUAAAAUGUUCAAGCAUCA